AUGCUACGUUUCCUAUUCUUUUGUCUUGGAGUCACAAAUGCUCUCACUACCAAAUCCUCAAUUAAUGACGACUCGCAGAUCGGCCGAAUCAUGACAUUCGAAUCGGAAUCUCAACUCUCAUGUUUCUACGAGCCAUUGGAAGUGGGAAUGAUAUUGAAUAUUGGAAUGAGGCCAACCUUCGACACAGUGUACCCAAUGCAAUUCCGUGUGACAUCUCCGAGUGGAGAUUUCUCCGAUUGGGCGAGUGGCGAUGGCGACGCCCAUAUGGAGCAUAACACGACUGAAAACGGGGCGUACGAGAUUUGUGUUUACACCAGGAGACCCAUGAAAAUCAAUUUGUAUUUGCAGUUUUAUAGUCCGGAGAAGAUGGAACGCUCCCUGAAAUCCUUCUUCGAUCACAAUCAGAUAUCAAAGGAUAUUCAGAAUUCGUUGAUGGCAUCCACUCAUAGAAUAUACAAGAUUUAUUAUCAUUUGAAGUUUUAUAAUCAGAUGGUUGUCCGUGACGAAGCCCUCCAAAUCCACAACUCUGAAUUCAUCCAAAACUACAAUAUAGUCUUCUGUGUUGUCGCUAUCAUAAUCACCAUCUCCCAAGUGUAUUAUGUGAGAAAACUGUUCAGAAUCGACCCGAAACGGAUUCAGUUUUAA